AUGACCACCCUGAUAGCUUUGUGGCAGCUCACCCAGCCAAAUAAGUUAGAAUUCUGGGUCUACGUUGGAUUAGCCUUCUCGGCGAUUUCAUGUCUUUGGAUCAUAGCUACAUUUAUCUACAACGCAUUUUUCCACCCUCUACGCCAUUUUCCUGGCCCAUUGAUUCAUCGUAUCUCCCGCGUACCAUGGGCAAUUCGUCAUGCACGCGGCGAACAGGCCUUCCACACUCAACGACUUCAUGAUCGCUACGGGCCCGUUGUGCGCAUUGCUCCUAAUCAUCUCUCUUUUACUGAUCCCCAAGCGUGGAAGGAUAUUUACUACCAUCGUACUGAGAUGGCAAAAUCUACCGAAUUCACACGAAAUGUGAAGAAUCAAAUCACCACCAUCGUUAAUGCUGACCAAGAGGAACAUCAGCGAUUGAGACGGGCACUUGCACAUGGCUUUUCGGACAGUUCUAUGAGGCAGCAAGAGCCUAUCAUGCUCAAACACAUUGGCAUGCUCGUGGAUAGACUGCGACAAGAAAGCAGUAAUGGUCUAAAAAAGUCAAAUAUGGCUGAAUGGUAUAACUGGACAACAUUUGACCUCUCGAGUGACCUCAUUUUUGCCGAGUCUUUCCACUGUCUAGAGACAGUGAAUUACCAUCCAUGGGUUGCUACUAUCAUGAAGACUAUCAAGUUCCAUGCGUUCAUGGUAGCUCUUGGCUACGGUGGUCUGAGGGGACUGGUGCAAUUAAUCCACAAAGCUGGUGGAUUCCUCGCAAUGAAGACGAUGCGGGGUUAUAUCGAUAAUAUGCUAAAAUCAAGACUGAGUACGGGUCAAAGUCGUGACGACUUAUUCGAAGGUUUGGCAAAGAGAAGGCACGAAUGGGAAAAACUAAGUGUAAAUGCAACUGUCUUACUGUUGGCUGGUUCCGAAACCACUGCAACCUGUUUGUCUGGUACCACUUAUUUCCUACUUACGCAUCCCGAAGUCUUGGAAAAGGUGAAGAAUGAGAUACGGACCUCUUUCUCUAGUGAUACUGAAAUAAACAUUCAAUCGGUCAGCAAGUUGACGUACUUGCUUCCUGUGUUGAAUGAAUCGCUGCGUAUGUACCCGCCUUUGACUUCGGGUAUGGUCCGUGAAGUACCUACGGGAGGCGCUAGAAUCGCAGGACACUACGUUCCAGGUGAUACCCUCGUUGAAAUUCAGCAUUGGUCGGUAAAUCAUAGCAAAGAGAAUUGGGUAGAUCCUUGGUCUUUUCGCCCAGAACGUUUCAUGGUUGAUGCCAAAAUGGCUAAAGAGCGCGGUGAUAUGCUAGAUGCAGUUCAGGCAUUCAGCAUUGGGCCACGAAAUUGUAUUGGACGAAAUCUCGCCAUUACUGAAAUGCGCCUCAUUCUAGCAAAGAUCCUCUAUAACUUCGAUAUGAAACUUGCAGAUGACAGCCAUAGUUGGAUCGAGAGGCAGAAAAACUAUAAUGUGUGGGAUCGAAUUCCGUUAAAUGUUUCUCUAACUCCUGUUGGAAACAACUUGAAGUAG